AUGGCCCACUUCGAUACAGAGUACCAGCGCUUGGAGGCCUCAUACAGCGACUCCCCGCCAGGCGAGGAGAACCUGCUGAUGCACGUCACAGAAGGCACUAAAUCUCACUGGCACCACAUUGAGAACCUGGACUUGUUCUUCCAGCGAGUUUAUAAUUUGCAUCAGAAGAAUGGUUUCACGUGUAUGCUCUUGGGAGAGAUCUUCGAGCUGGUUCAGUUGCUGUUCGUGGUGGGCUUUACAGUGUUCCUCGCCAACUGCGUGGACUACGACAUCCUUUUCGCCAACAAGUUUGUGAACCACACAGAUUCGUCCAAGGUCACUUUGCCCGAUGCUUUUGUGCCCUUGGACGUCUGCAGCGCACGAAUUGGAGACAAUGCAUUUGUCAUGUUUGUGCUGAUAAUCUCUGGGGUGUUUUGGCUUCAUCGCCUGGUGAAAUUCAUCUACAACGUCUGCUGCUACUGGGAGAUCCGAUCCUUCUAUAUAAAUGCACUGAAGAUGACAAUGUCGGAGCUUCCGUAUGCAACAUGGCAGGAGGUUCAGGCCAGGAUAGUAGAGAUCCAAAAGGAACACCAGAUCUGCAUUCAUAAGAAAGAGCUGACCGAGCUUGACAUUUACCACCGCAUCCUCCGCUUCAAAAAUUACAUGGUUGCCAUGGUGAACAAAUCUCUGCUUCCUGUGCGCUUUCAACUUCCUCUACUGGGAGAUGUUGUGUUCUUUACGCGGGGCCUCAAGUACAAUUUCGAACUCAUCUUCUUUUGGGGACCAGGCUCGUUGUUUGAGAAUGAAUGGAGUCUAAAGUCUGAGUACAAGCGAGGAGGAAACCGCCUGGAGUUGGCCGACAGAUUGGCGUCACGUAUACUGUGGAUUGGAGUUGCCAAUCUCCUCUUGUGUCCCGUCAUCCUAGUGUGGCAGAUUCUCUACGCUUUCUUUAGCUACACAGAGGUGAUCAAGCGAGAGCCAGGUUCUCUCGGAGCUCGAUGCUGGUCUUUGUACGGUCGAUGUUACCUGCGCCACUUCAAUGAAUUGGAUCACGAGCUCAUGUCCAGACUCAGCAAAGGCUACAAGGCCGCUUCCAAGUACAUGAAUUGUUUCCUAUCUCCUCUCCUGACCGUGGUGGCAAAAAAUGUGGCCUUUUUUGCCGGCUCCCUCCUGGCUGUCCUAAUUGCGUUGACCAUCUAUGACGAGGACGUGCUCGCUGUUGAGCACGUCUUGUCGUCGAUCACGUUGCUGGGAGUGUGCAUCACGGUCUGCAGGUCAUUUAUCCCUGAUAAGCAUAUGGUGUUUUGUCCCGAGCAGCUUUUGCGUGUCAUCCUGGCUCAUAUACAUUAUAUGCCUGACCACUGGCAGGGCAACGCUCACAGAUAUGAGACUCGAGACCAGUUUUCGCAGGUCUUCCAGUACAAAGCUGUGUUUAUCCUAGAGGAGCUGCUGAGUCCAGUCGUCACACCUAUCAUCCUCAUCUUCUGCCUGAGAAGAAAAUCGCUGGAGAUUAUUGACUUUUUUAGGAAUUUUACAGUGGAGGUAGUGGGUGUGGGAGACACUUGCUCCUUUGCCCAGAUGGACAUAAGACAACAUGGGCACCCUGCGUGGAUGUCUGAGGGCAAGACUGAGGCAUCCAUUUACCAGCAGGCGGAGGACGGAAAGACUGAGUUGUCACUGAUGCACUUUGCCAUCACAAACCCGCAGUGGCAGCCUCCCCGUGAGACCACACACUUCAUCAGCCAGCUGAAGGAAAGAGUUCAGCGAGAGGCCACCGGAGCUUCCUCAGACACUCAUCCGCUUUCUGAAUCUGAGCCGAGGAGCCUGAUUGCCAAUCUGCUGGUGGCGCCGUCCACUGUGGCCUCUGUUCAUUUUGCCCGGGAUGGUUCAUUGAGUGGUAACGCGCUGGCAGCCAGCGACGCGGUCGCGGCCUUGCGCUCCCUUUCCCCGAUAAGCAGCAGUCUUCACCUAAGAGGCAGCUUCAGUGCAGCUUACAGGACUGCCGGCCCCACCUCUGCACUGAGCAGGACCAUGACUGGCUCUGGGUUAGAUGCCCGAACCGUGAGUUCCGGCAGCAGUGCGUGGGAGGCUCAACUCACCAGUUUGGUCUUGUCAGAGUACGCCUCCACAGAGAUGAGCAUCCAUGCACUUUAUAUACACGAACUACACAAACAGCAGUCCCGUGGCGACGCGCUCUCCCGCCACACAUGGCAUAGGCAGGAGAGCGAUGAGAGCAGCGACAGCGUCCUGGAUGAAGUGAAAAGCGUUUCUGGCUCCCGCUAUAAAAACUUCCCUCGCUCGCACACCUUCCCCACCUCGGUGCCCAGUCCCAUUGCCAUCCCCUCUUCGGCUUCUGAAGGCGCUGCCGCCAGCCUGGAGGGGGCGUCAACGCAACAGAGUGGCGACCGGUGCCCACACAGCGAUGCUUUAGGUGCAGGGGGAAAGGUGACGAGGUCUGCCCGUGUGCCGAUGGGCGGCUGGGCAGAAGAACCGUAUCAGUCGGCACCACGCCGCCACGAGUCACUCCCAGAGGAGAGUUCUGAGGACGAGUUACCGCCGCACAUACACAAGGUUUGUUAG